CUUGUCGGAGCUCGCCGUCCACCUCGAGCGGGCGGGAUUUCCGCGACUGGGGGGGAACAUGGCGAAGACUUACGAUUACUUGUUUAAACUCUUGUUAAUCGGAGAUUCCGGAGUUGGCAAGACCUGUGUGUUAUUCAGGUUCUCGGAAGAUGCCUUCAAUUCCACGUUCAUCUCCACGAUAGGUAUUGAUUUUAAAAUUAGAACUAUAGAGCUAGAAGGAAAGAAGAUCAAACUCCAGAUAUGGGAUACAGCUGGACAAGAGCGGUUUCGAACGAUUACAACAGCAUACUACAGAGGCGCCAUGGGAAUCAUGUUAGUAUAUGACAUUACCAAUGAAAAGUCUUUUGAUAAUAUCAAGAACUGGAUACGAAACAUAGAAGAGCAUGCCUCAGCAGAUGUAGAGAAGAUGAUCCUCGGUAAUAAGUGCGAUAUAAAUGAAAAACGGCAAGUGACCAAGGAACGAGGAGAAAAGCUUGCACUGGAAUACGGCAUCAAGUUCAUGGAGACCAGUGCCAAGUCCAAUAUAAAUGUUGAGACAGCAUUUUUGUCUCUCGCUAAAGAUAUCAAAGCAAAAAUGGACAAGAAAAUGGAAGGAAACAGCCCGCUGGGAAGCAACCAGGAAGUGAAGAUCACCGAGCACCAGAAGAAAAGCAGCAUUUUCCGAUGCUCCUUACUGUGAGAGACAUGGCCUUUACACUGAGCCCCCCUUUGGGGGUCCUCCCAACUGGAUCUGCACUUUCCCACAAGUGCGCACUCUGCCUCUCACCAGCCUGAAACCAACCACACCCAAACUCUCAUCCCUCACUCCCCACCACCUCCCACCCACCCACCCCCCCCAAGAGGAUGGCCACAACAUUCCUGAGCACCGACUGAGGGCUCUGCUGGAGGAGCUGCCGUUCCUUUUGUCACUUGUGCAGUAGGCCGUAAUCAUUUGUUUUUUUAUUUUUAUCCCAAAUUUGGAUGGCUAGUCUUGACAAUCAUGACCACGUUAUCAGUGUAUUUCUAUUUUGUACAUCACAUUCCCCCCCAAGGCAUCACCCGGCUGGCUUACUUUUCUUGUUUAUGCUGUGAUCAAGAGUCUUCUAUUUUUGUAGUCUUAACGUAACUAAUGAACACAAGCGGCACGUUCCAUAUUGGUGUUGGUGUAGAAACUUUUCCGGUCUGCUGAGCCAUAGCUAAGCUCAUCCUUCUAGAGCACUGAACCCACGUUAUGAUUGUGCUUAAAUGUCUUUGGUUUUCUUGCACACUUUGUGGGGUCUCUCUGUUGGUCAGGGUUGACAGCUUCUGGACCAUAUUGUCACAAUACGCAAACCGCCAUUACGCAAUUUUUGAAACCAGAAGCCACAACCCAGUACAGGUGCCCUCAUGUAGAUUACUGAAGAAUGAGUGGCAGGUUCCUAGUAGGCGUGCAAGUGGCUGUAAUGUUAAAUACCCAAAUUCCCAUCUCCAUUUAAUUUGUCUUCCUCUGCUGCUGGUUAUCUGGUCCAAGGGCGCAAUACUGUCCAUCGUAAUUCAGGGUGCUCUGAAGCACUUUAGGAUCUUGAUGGCAUUUAUUUAUUAAUUAAUUUUUUGUAAAUGUAUCUGCUGAUUCACCUAAAACAUCAUGUUAUGCUUGAUAAGUGGAACGUGGACAAGCAGCUACCAGGCUCUGCUCAUCUUAGCUCGUGGUUCGGAGUUUUAAGUUGUGUGACCUGAUGAGGAAGCCAUUCUGUCCUCCACCACAGCCAAAGGGCAGACUUUCCUUAAAAACCUGAGAGGAGGACAACAGCCCCAUUUUUGUCAUCUUGCCCGAUUUUACAGCCAGUGGCAUAGGACUUCUUAUUAUUUUAGGUAAUGAUCAGUGAUGGCACAUCAUCAGCACAUGGUACCUGAAGAAAAACACUUUUUUUUUGCCAUUUUGAUGGGGAUUGAAUCUUUUGAAAAUAAAGCAUAUAGUAACUUGAAUUCUUGAAAAUUUCAAUUGCUUUUAAUUUUCUUUGCUCUUAACCCCAAAUUAAAAGACCGGAUUGUGGGCAUUUCUUCUUAUGUAAUUCUGAUGAGUUAACAAAAUAUUCUGUACCCGGUCCAUGCCUUCGGUGACAGAUUUCACUCAUUUUUAUAGGACACGAUGUGAAGCUGAUGCAUGGAUCAGGCGUUGGGGCUCAGUAGGUGACACCCCAAUACCUGGGGAUGCUUUAGGAGCCAAAUUGGUACAACAUCUGAGCAACUAGGCUGGGGAACUCGUCACUGCAGAGCUUGGGGCCUGCCUGGCAUUUGUGUUACUGUAACCUAAUGGGGUUGGGGGGGGGGGGAUUGGGGUAAUCCAUUCCAGUUAAAUUCAUACCCCCUUUGCUAUCUUGGAGAAGUUUGAGGGGGGCAGUGUUAUAACUUGGAGAAUUUCAUAUCCCCAUUCCGAGUUUUGCUCAAUUAUAGGUAGUUGAUAAAGCACAGCAAUCAGUUUCUUCUUGACCGGUUGGCAUCUACAGUACGUUUGCCAUCAGUUGCAUUCAUGCUAGUAAAUGCGCUUCACUUUGUUGCUUUGCAGGUGGUGUCCUGUUCUUGCUAAUACUUCUCUUAACCUUCCCGUCACCAUUUUAGUAGACGUUUGGGGGUGGCUGGGUUGUGAACAAGCUCCUGGUGAAGCUAUUAAGUGACUCAGUGGAAUUCCACUAUUGGGGUCAGAUCUCAUCCGUGGGGAGGGGGAACUAUUGGUUAAAAUUAUAUAAAUAUAUAUAUUUUUUCUAACAAAACAUAUCAUUGACAUUCCUUGGGCUUGACCACUUUGUGGGCAGAACUGUAUUUUGAAAUCAAAAUUGUAAAUAAGUUACAAUUGAUCCUAUUAUACUUUCUUAUUCAUCUACAGCUUUGUAGAUACCUGUACUUUGAUUUAUUAAAACAUGAUUCUUUUAAAAAAAAAAAAA